UCUUUCAUUCACUCUGUCUUUGUCUUCCUCUGUUUGUCUGUCUAUCUUUCUCUCUCUCUCUGUGUCUGUCUUUCUUUCUUUCUGCGAGCUGUAGACUUUCAGCGGCGUCUGUAAUUAAUAGGUUCUUGGGACAGGUUUGUUAUGCAAGUGCUGGGGAGGCUACUAUACCAUUGGAUAGAGAGAGACUCGCGUAGCACUUGGGAUUUCUUUCUCUCCUUCUUUGCUGUGUUGGAUUGAGCAUUAUGCUCUAAAGGUUACACUGUCAGCUGUGUGUUCCCCCUGCAGCACAAGGUACGAGCAGAUCACUUAAUGAAGAUUUUUGGACAUUGAAGAUAAAUUUUGUGCAGCACGUGAACUAAUUGUAUGCUUGUGAGCUACAGUCAUGCAUUUUCCUGAUUUCUAAGUAUUCCCGAACCAGUUCCCCCUUCCGAGUUUUCCAACAUUCAAGGUAAAAAUGCCAGUCCAGUCCCUUUCAGAGUUUGAUUGCCCAGAUGGAGUGGGCAGUGCCAUUGGCUCUCAGAUGGAGAGUCCUGAUUCUUCUCUGACCUUAAAACGAACCAACACGAUUUCGCACAAGAACCUGCGUGAAACCUUUUUAAUGCAGGCAGAGGGAGACAUGACGUUUGACUGCAUGUUUUGUGACCAGACCUACAAACAUCAUGAGGAUCUAGGAAAACAUGUCUUGGCCCAGCAUAGGCCAACCCUCUGUGAGCCAGAAGUCCUCCGUGUCGAGGCAGAGUACCUUGGUCCUCUAGAUAAGCGCCGAAAAGUUCUGCUGCCUCUGGUGAAAGAAGAGAUGAAAGAGAAGGAGGGGUUUGACUGUGAGGUUUGCGGUCAGACUUUUGAGCUUUCUGCUGACUUGGGCGCCCACUUGAAAAAGCACAAAGAUUCCUUCACCUACUGCUGUACUAUCUGCGGGAGAAGAUUCAAAGAGCCCUGGUUCUUAAAAAAUCAUAAGAGAACCCAUACGACCAGAUCAGGGGCCAAAAACAAGCAGUUACUGGCAGGCGAAGAGGUGCCAGCGACCAUAAACGAUGUUGUGCAAGAUCAGAAGCCCAAAAGCGCAACUUCGCCCUAUAAAUUAUGCAUGAUUUGUGGAUUCUUUUUCCCUGAUAAAUGCACACUCAUGGAACACAGUAAAAUGCAUUUCAAGGAUUCUGGUUUAUCUGGGGAUAAUACAAAUCAUUCUAUCUCACACAAGGAUAACACCAGUUCAUCAGAGAAUUGUGAUCUAGAUGCUGCAGUCACCCCAAAGCAUGGCUUCAUGAGUUUUCUAAACCUCAAUCCAGCUGCUCAGACCACAAAGAAGGUUCUUGGCAUUAGCAAAUCGAUUGGAGAAUUGGAUCCAUUCAUCACAUACCAAAAUUGGCAGUUGGCAACUAAAGGCAAAGUUGCCCUGUCUCUCGGCAAAGAGAAGGAACCUUUACUGGAAUUUAAAGCCGGUGCUGAUAAGAAUGUGAAGGGUAAUGUAGAUGCUACUCUACCUCAUAAACAUGAUAAACGAGGGCACUGUGUUAAAGUGCCUUUGUUAGAGGGGGAAGAAGAGAAACUGGCCACCAAGGACAAGCCAACUCUCUGUAAUUGCUGUGGAAAAAUCUUUAAAACCUACCAUGCUCUUGUUUUGCAUUCACGGGUGCAUAGAAAUAGCAGGAGUGAUUCGGAGUCUUCCAAUAUGAGUGGAGGAGAGGGGGCCUUGUUGGUUUUUGGAGCCAAUGAAAUCUCUUAUGACCAAACAGUCUGUGAUCCGAAUCCUGACCCAAUAGCCAAUCAGGUCACUCAGGACAGUGCCGGUGAUCUAACAAAAGUACAGGAAGAUUCUGAAGAAGAACCAGAAGAUAUUAUGGGGGAUACUAUGCAGACUGACAAAAAUGAAGAUGGUGAAGUCAGACUAAAAGCCAAAGGACUCCCUACCUCUAAAGAGUGCAGCUUUUGCGGAAAAACCUUUCGUUCCAAUUAUUACCUCAAUAUUCAUCUCAGGACACACACUGGGGAGAAACCCUACAGAUGUGAAUUUUGUGACUAUGCAGCUGCUCAGAAGACCUCUCUACGGUACCACUUAGAAAGACACCACAAAUUUAAGCCUGGAGACUCUAAUGCUCAUGUGAAAAGCAUUGGAAGAAAUUCUCAGGGCUCUGGUGAUCCAAUGCCAGUAGAUGAUCACAUAAGCAAUGAAGCCAGACCAACGCAAAUCAUUUCUAACCCUACCAAAAAGGACUGUGUAAUUGCAAAGGGACAAGGAAAUUCCAGACAACCCUCUGAACAUAGGGAAAAUAUUAUCUCAAAGAGGGAGAGAGUCUCUACCCCUACCCAAGUGUUUAGCAAAGAGUUGCCAGUUCCACUCUGUGACGAGCAAAGUAGUGACCAACAAGUACCAAGUCCAGCUUAUUGGAAUCUAGAAGAGUGCGACAGUUUGAGUAUUUGUGAGAAAGACGUUGUACAUCACACCUCACUUUCUAUAAAAGAGGAAGUACAGGACAAUUCACUUCCCACGAAAGAGGAUGUACAGCCAUUAAACCUUUGCUUAAAGCCUUCAAAUUGUUUUGUGCCUUCAAGAAACAGUGCCUUGUCUUUAAGCACCUGUCCCUACUGUAGCUACAAAUCCUUAUACCCUGAAGUAUUGAUAUUGCACCAGAGGCUGACUCACAAAAGCAAUUCUGAUACUGUUCCAAAAAAUAUUCGGCCUAAAACUGCUGCUCAGAUGGCGGCUAUGAGAAGGACUGGUUGCCCUUUGGUGCUUCGUGGUGCGGAUGUUCCUCCCUUAAUGUAUGGGAAAAAAUGCAAAGCUCCACCAUCAGUGCAGCUGAAGACCAACCCCGAGAGGCCUAAACAGCUUUCUCUUCUGCCAAACAAAGCUGCUGCAGGAUCAGAGAGCCCCGAACAAGGUCCUAAUAAACUGCAUGUAAGACCUACUACCCGUGCUCCUCCACUGGUUAACCACAGUUACAUGCAGCCGGAUCUACAAGGAAUUAGUCAUUUGCUUGAGCGUAUGCAGCAAAGUGAACAAAAUGUAACAUCUCGGAAUAUUCCUUACCCCGGCAGAAACAGUAGUCCAAAGGAUUAUCCUUACUCUUUUGCACCUUCUUGGUCCGGGGAGUAUCCCUUCACUAGAAUGCUAAAUAGUACCCAUCUAGAAAGUGGUGAGUCCUACUCAAAAAGACUUAAGCACAAUACACCUAGUGUUGACUCUACCGUGUACCCAACAAAGACAAAUGUGGUUCCAAACCCUCCGUACUCAAAACUUGCUAGCUUCCUUCUCCAGGAAAAAUCCUUGUUAAAUUCUGGAGCCUCUUUGUUGCCUCACAGUAGUUCACAUGCUGUCGAAUCGCGUUGGAGACCAAUCAUUCCUGCUCCUCCAACUGCUGGACCAGCCUACAGAGCGCUGGAUCCUUCCUUCAGGCGGAAGCCUUCCUCCAUUAUGGAAGCAAAAAGAGCACCUAUAAACCGGCACGUAUCAAAGCGGGGGUUUGGACCAAAUGAAAAAGCCUAGAUUUUCCCAGUAUAACAAUGAUCCUCCGUGUUUUUUGGGACUUUCCAUUGACUCCGAACUCCUUCCCAAAAUCUACUGAAAAUGAACCGGAUUAUUUCUACAAAUAACACUAAUGUUUUUUUGUUUUCUUUUUCCCUUUUGGACUGUUUCUGUUGCAGAUAUACUGUAUUAUAAAAGUUCUAGAUUGUUUUGUGUAUAUUUAUAAAUAUAUCUAUUUUUGAAUUUUGUUUUUCCUAAGAGACCAAAUAAAAGGGGAGACUGUACUAUUGUA